AGCUAAAACGAAUGUUUUAGGCCUUUACUUAGGGAUAUGCAAAAUGUUGAGUACAUUCUUCGUCUUCUUCUUAUCUCGUUGUCUGUCCACAGGCAUUUGCCCACCAUAUAUCGUUGUUCGUUAUGGUUCUGGCGCUGACAGCAAACCCUUCCUCUCAUCUACUCACUGUCAACAACAGUAGCAGCAAUCGAUGCCACCAUCUCCUGACCCUUGUAAGAGAUUGCAAGAGCAUUUCACAGCUCAAACAGAUCCACGCUCAGACACUGCGGACUACUUCGGCCAGUCAGCCAGAGACACUCUUCUUGUACAGUCGAAUUCUACAUUUCUCUGCCUUCUCUGAUAUUGAAUACGCAUCUCGGUUUUUCGAUCAAAUUGAGAGCCCCAAUUCAUUCAUAUGGAAUACACUUAUCAGGGCAUACGCGUGGAGCGUCGAUCGUAAGGACCAGUCCAUCCUACUCUAUCGCAGAAUGCUGGAGGAAGGACGUGUUGCACAGGACAAACAUACCUUCCCAUUUGUUCUCAAGGCCUGCGCGUUCUUGGUAGCUAUAUACGAAGGCAAACAGAUACACGCUCAGAUUUUGAAACUUGGGUUCGACUCUGAUACCUACGUUAAUAACAGUCUCAUUCAUUUCUAUGCAUCUUGUGGAUGUUUGGAUCUGGCUAGGAAGGUGUUCGAAAGAAUGCAUUCUAGAAGUUUGGUCUCGUGGAAUGUUAUAAUAGAUGGGUAUGUUCAGUUUGGUGACUUCGUUACUGCCUUGCAACUAUUUUCCGAGGUGCAGAGUUUGUAUCAACCCGAUGGCUAUACAAUGCAGAGUGUCAUAUGCGCUUGUGGUGGCUUGGGGGCUUUGUCUUUAGGGAUGUGGGCUCAUUUUUAUGUGUUAAAAAAUUUCAGUGACGAUGUAGCUAACGAUGUUUUAAUGAAUAAUUCACUAUUGGAUAUGUAUUGCAAAUGUGGGUGUUUAGACAUGGCUCGUCAAGUCUUUGAGAGAAUGCGCACACGAGACGUGACUUCUUGGAAUUCUAUGAUUUUAGGAUUCGCCAUGCACGGGCGGGUGGAGGCGGCUCUAGAAUCCUUUGCUUCCAUGUGCAGGAUGGGUAGGCUUAUGCCCAAUUCGAUUACAUUCGUCGGCGCUCUGAGUGCGUGUAAUCAUGGGGGUCUAGUGAGUGAGGGCCGCAGAUACUUCAAUUUGAUGGUUAGUCAGUAUGAGAUUGAACCUCAAUUAGAGCACUAUGGGUGCAUGGUUGAUCUCCUCGCUCGUGCUGGGCUCAUUGAUGAAGCUCUGAAGCUUGUGUCAGAGAUGCCCAUGAAGCCUGACGUGGUAAUCUGGAGGAGUCUUCUUGACGCUUGUUGUAAGAAAAAUGCCAGCGUUGAGCUGAGUGAAGAAGUUGCCAAUCGUUUGCUUGAAUCAGAAGGUGGUAUCUGCAGUGGAGUUUAUGUGCUCUUGUCCAGAGUCUAUGCUUCAGCAAACCGUUGGAAUGAGGUUGGUUUGGUUCGAAAAUUAAUGAGUGAGAAGGGUAUAAUAAAGGAGCCCGGUUGCAGUUCAAUAGAGAUAGAAGGUCAGAUUCAUCAAUUUCUAGCUGGAGACACAUCACACUCCCAUACCAAAGAGAUCUACCGAGUGUUGAGUGUAAUUGAAGAGAGGCUAGAGUUGCUGGGCUAUGUGCCUGAUUUAUCACAAGCACCUAUGGUUGAUGAACUCCAAGAUGGAAAAGAACAUUCACUUCGCCUCCACAGUGAGAGGCUUGCCAUAGCUUUUGGGCUACUUAAAUCAAGACCAGGAGUGCCAAUUCGCAUUUUUAAAAAUCUACGGGUCUGUAAUGAUUGUCACAUGGUGACUAAAUUGAUUUCUAGAGCCUUCAAUGUGGAGAUUAUUGUGAGAGAUCGCAUUCGGUUCCAUCAUUUCAAAGACGGUCUGUGCUCUUGCAAGGAUUACUGGUGAAAGGUUCGAAAUUUUCUGCACAGCUCACACUGGAUGCAUUGAGGUGUAUGAAUAUGUUGGAUAUGUAUAUUUAACAGGCUUUGUUACGUAUGACAUCGGGAGGUUAUAAAAAUUCAACUGCAAUGUUCUUUUGUAUUGACAAUCAGCCUUUUGCAUUUAUAAGUUUCAAUUGAUUGCUCCAGAAGUCCCUACUUGGUAAACACAUUUGAGGUAUUC